UUAAUUAAUAGGUCACAAUAAUUGGUGGCAGAAAAAAAGAAUAGCAAACAAGAUAUUCAUAUGAAUUAUAUGAAUCAAACUAGUCCAUAGACACUUCCAGAAAGCUUCUUCAGUUUCUAGCCAAGAAAAACAGAAAUGGUGCUUCCCAACAAUAUCAAUGGAGGAAACCAGGCAGCAACUGAGCCAAACUACGAUCGGCAAAGUGAGUUGAAGGCCUUCGACGACACAAAGGCCGGCGUCAAAGGGCUCGUAGACGCCGGUAUCACCAGGGUUCCGAGAAUAUUCCAUCAUCCACCUCAAAACUUAGAAAACAUCACGAAGAAGAGCGAGUUCAGGUUUCCUGUAAUAGACCUUGAUGGCGUUAACCAUGAUUGUCUGAAACGUAAAGAGAUCAUCGACAGGAUCCUAGAUGCAUCGGAGACGUGGGGCUUCUUUCAAGUGAUUAAUCAUGGGAUAGACGUAAGUACUUUGGAGGAAAUGGUGGAUGGAGUUCGGCGGUUCCACGAGGACACAGAGACAAAGAAGCAGUAUCAUUCACGGGACUUCACGAAAAAGAUGAUUUAUAAUAGCAACUUCGAUUUGUUCAGUUCACCAGCAGCUAGCUGGAGGGACUCAUUUAACUGUAUUAUGGCUCCCGAUCCACCACAGCCAGACGAACUGCCUUCUUCUUGCAGGGAAAUCUUGAUGAAAUACUCAGACCAAGUAAUGGAGCUGGGGAUCACUUUGUUCAAGUUACUGUCGGAGGCUCUGGGGCUCCAUCCAGACCACCUGAUUGACAUAGACUGUGCACAAACACUUGCAGUGUUCGGGCAUUACUACCCGCCAUGUCCGGAGCCCCAACUCACCUUAGGCACGCCAAAACAUUCGGACUACGGUUUCUUGACAGUUCUUCUGCAAGACAAUCUGGGAGGCUUGCAAGUGCUGCAUCAGAAUCAGUGGGUUGAUGUUCCUCCCCUCCCAGGAGCUUUAGUGGUCAAUAUUGCAGAUCUUCUGCAGCUGAUAUCAAAUGACAAACUGAAAAGCGUGGAACACAGAGUCUUGGUUAGCCGUUCGGGUCCAAGAAUAUCGGUGGCAGCCUUCUUCGGCAGAGAUACUUGUGGGGUGAAUUCAAGGGAAUAUGGCCCUAUUAAAGAGCUGCUAUCGGAUAAAAAUCCCCCAAAGUACCGUCCUACCACAAUCAAAGGAUAUACUAGUUACGUUCGUGCUAGGGGGGUUGACGGCAGGACUUCCGCGUUGCAGAGUUUACAGCUUCAAGUGUGAAUUCUGAAGAAAUACAUGAGAUUAUUGGAAGUUCCAACUGUAUCAAGACCCCUUUAUCAAUCUUUUCAAUAAUUAUGGGCAAUGAUAUAUAUGAUAUACCUUUAUUAAGUUUUUUGGAACUAAAACAUGAUACUGAAGGGAUGUUUUCCUGCCA